AUGGCGGCGCCCCGGCUGAGGAGACGGUCUGAGAUUGCCCUGUACUUCUCCAGGGAGGAAUGGAGCCUCCUUGAUGAGGGUCAGAGACAGCUGUACCUCAAUGUGAUGCUGGAGAACUUUGAACUUAUAUCCUCGCUGGGUUGCUGCUGUGGAGGAGUAAACGUGGAGGAAACGACUGAACAGAAGGUUUCUGUAGGAUUGUCACAGGCAAGGAAUCCCAAGUUAGCCUUGUCUUCCCAGAAGAGCCACCCCUGUGAGAGUUGUGGGGUGGUCUUGGGAAACAUUUUCCACGUGAUGGAGCUGCAGGGAACACAACAUGGACAAAUACUGUUGAGGUGUGGGGCAUGUGCAAAACAAUUUUUUGUCCAGGCAAAAUUUCACCAGCAGCAUGUGAAAGAGAAGUCUUUCACUAGAGGUGUGGACAGGAUCUCACUUGCAAACAGCUGCAAUUUCAAUGUAUCCCAGAAUCGUUUCACAUGCGGGAAUUUUGGGCAGGGUGUCCUUAUGGGGUCAGGACAUCUCCACCUCAAGGCUACUCAGACCAGGGACAGUCCAACCACAAUUUCGACGUGUGGGAUGCCUUUUAAAAGGACAAAAAAUUAUUACAGUAGAAAAGAUUGUAAGGAAGACAUUAGUUGCACCCACACAUUUAUUCAGGAAAAAGAUGUCCAUCUUGGAAGUCGGCGUUUUCUAUCCUCUGUAUGUGGAAAAUAUUUUUCCAAAUGUUGUAGCUUUCAUUAUCAACAGAGAGGUCACACUCAAGAAAAGCCUUAUCAAUGCAGUGAAUGUGGAAAAUCUUUUAUCUCUAAGAAGAUCCUUCAUCGACAUCAAAGAGUUCACACAGGAGAAAAGCCUUAUAAAUGCAGUGAAUGUGGAAAAUCUUUUGCACGGAGCGAUACGCUUCAUGAUCACCAGAGAGUUCAUACAGGAGAGAAGCCUUAUAAAUGCAGUGAAUGUGGAAAAUCUUUUGCACGGAGCAAUGCCCUUCGUGAUCAUCAGAGAGUUCAUACAGGAGAAAAGCCGUAUAAAUGCAGUGAAUGUGGAAAAUCUUUUGCAGGGAGCAAUGCCCUUCGUGAUCAUCAGAGAGUUCAUACAGGAGAAAAGCCGUAUAAAUGCAGUGAAUGUGGAAAAUCUUUUGCAGGGAGCAACGCACUUCGUUAUCAUCAGGUAGUUCACGCUGUAGAAAAGCCUUAUCAGUGCAGUGAAUGUGGAAAAUCUUUUGCACAGUGCAAUGCCCUUGAUGAUCAUCAGAGAGUUCAUACAGGAGAAAAGCCUUUUCAGUGCAGUGAAUGUGGAAAAUCUUUUGCAUGGAGCACUGCCCUUCGUUAUCAUCAGAGAGUUCACACUGGAGAAAAGCCUUAUCAAUGCAGUGAAUGUGGAAAAUCUUUUAUCGCUAAGGCUGAUGUUCGUCAACAUCAGAGAGUUCAUACGGGAGAAAAGCCUUUUCAAUGCAGUGAAUGUGGAAAAUAUUUUGCAUGGAGCAAUUCCCUUCGUCGUCAUCGGAGAGUUCACACUGGAGAAAAGCCUUAUAAAGGCAUAGAAAGUGGAAAAUCUUUCACCCGGAGCACUACCCUUCGUGAUCAUCACAGAGUUCAUACAGGAGAAAAGCUUUAUAAAUGCAGUGAAUGUGGAAAAUCUUUUACCCAGAGCACUACCCUUCGUAUUCAUCAGAUUCUUCAUACAGGAGAAAAGCCUUAUAAGUGUAGUGAAUGUGGGAAGUCUUUUAUCCGGAGCAAUGCCCUUCAUUAUCAUCAAAGAGUUCAUACGGGAGAAAAGCCUUAUAAAAGCAGUAAAUGUGGGAAGUCUCUUACCACUAAGACUCUCCUUCAUCAACAUCAGAGAGUUCAUACAGGAGAAAAGCCUUAUGAAUGCACUGAAUGUGGGAAAUCUUAUAAAGGUAAAAGUGGUCUCCAUUAUCAUCUGAGAGUUCACACUGGAGAAAGCCAUUAUGAGUGCAGUUAAUGUGAGGUUUCUCUCAGCCAUAUUUCUAUAUUCACUGUUUGCAUAAGAGUACAAAUGGGAGAAAUUUCUGAGAUGUGUAGGAAAUGUAGUUUCUUAGUGAGGCCUUAACAAUAGUACAACAAAAUUUGUGAAUCCUCAUUUUUCUGAAUUGUAUCUCAUAUUUAAUCAUCUAUAUUAUGUAAAGUUCCCAUAAGUGUUUUUGCUAUUGUGUUUGUGUGUUUUUAUGUUGGAACACUACGUAAUUAUGUUGCACUUUCUAAUAUCAGGAUGUCCUGCCAGAUCUAUGUCCCUGCAUAUUUCUGUUGCUGAAGGUAUUACAUCUGAACCACCUAUAAGGUCUCUACAAACGGCGUCAAUCACCGUCCUCAUGUGCCCAGGAAGCUAAGUCUGUUGUCUAAUUUGUUGAAGAAAAUGAGGAAUACCUGAGCCCUUUGUUCUUUCUUGUUUCCCUGUCAUGAGUUGCCACAUAGGACUGAUUUCCGUUGGCCCCCAUAAACAUGUUGCGGAGGUGUUGUAAAUGUUUCCCUCCACGUCCCGCGUGGUUCAGGGUUCAGGAUCUGGAAGAGGAGCCGCACGCAAAUGAAAGAGAAAAGACGAGAUAAUUUGGGAUUAUUGGGGGGCCAGGCGGGUAAGUCCAACUCAAGAGGAAGGACUUCCACCGGUGCUCAGGCAGCACCGACCUUUUCUAGUCAGAGGUAAAGAAGGCAGAGGUUACCAUAGUUAUACAGUUCUUUUCAGCAGUGGCUGUUGCUUAGGGAGAAGGAAGGAGGCGCAUUGGACAGCACUGAAGUUGAGUAGAUGUGAGGGGCUGGCUUUAAAAGUUACAGUUUGUUUGCUUUCCGGGAGAUAGCCUGUCAGAUGUAUAGGGAGGUGCCUUAUUAGUAUUUUCCCCAAGCCUAUAAAAUAUGACUACAGAAAAAGUUAUGUAGAGUUCAAAACAGAAUUGUGUGAAGGGGGGGCGGGGAGGGAAAGAAACUUUCUACUAACUAGAGACCCUUCUGUGCCAAAUAUCCUUGAGGUGUGACAACAGCAGGGAGGAGGGUUAGCAAGAAUGUAGCCUUGAAAGUAACUGAUCUUGUUCAGCAGUUUGAUCAAAUGAGCUGUUUGAAGUAGAGGAGCCAACAAUCUUGGGAUUUAAUUAGUAGGUGCAUCUCAUAUAUUGUGGAAGGCCCCAGGUAUAGAUCUGCCAGUUAUUUACAAUACCUCCCGCACAUUUAGAACCUAAGGCUUUAUUGACCUGAAGAGUGACUACUUCUAGGAGACCAAAUAAAGGUACACCAGCAAUACUGGGGGCAUUGUGUUCAGGAGGAUAUCAGCAAUGUGUCCGGGAGGAAAUAAAACCCUCAUUGAAUUUU